GUUGUUUGUUGUGGGAUAUGUCCAACUCGUUUCCAAGGUUUCCUUAUCCACUAUCUUUUGAAGAAGGUUGGAGCUUCAUAUGGAACAAGGGCUUCUUACCACUUCAACACUGUCUCGAGUCGGGAAUGGACUCGAGAAAAAAAUAUGGCGCCGAACAAUGGAUGGCAAUUUAUAAUACUGUGUAUACAUUAUGUACUCAAAAGCCGCCUCAUAUUUAUGCCGACCAACUCUAUGCCAGUAUCAAGGAAACAGAGGUACAGUAUCUGAAGGAGAGAGUCUUACCUAGUGUGAAAAGUUUACACAACGAGUUUAAACUGAAAGAGUUGGUACACCGUUGGGAAAAUCAUAAAGUGAUGGCAAGCUUUUUGCUUCUAUUUCCUUUUUUCGUUGCAGUCAACUUAAAGUGUUUUGUAGAUGCGAUGGAUUCGAAAGAUUUUCGGUUAUUUGGACAGAUUUUAUGUUAUGAAUGCUUUCGAGAUAAUGUUUUUCAAGCUGUCAAGGCCGAAGCAAGAUCUAUCAUACUCAGCCUUCUUGAAAAGGAAAGAAUGAGUGAAACUGUGGACCAGCUUUUGAUACAAUCUGUUGUCCGUAUCUUUAUUGAGUUGGGAAAUGGAUCCUUGAAACUGUAUACUGAAGAAUUGGAAACACCCUAUUUGAAAGCAGUUGCUGAAUAUUGUAAAGGCGUGUCAAACCGUUGGGCAGAAGAAGACUCUUUUCCUGUGUAUAUGAUACGAGUAGAAGAAGCUUUAGAAGAUGAAGUUCGUAGAUGCAAAACUUAUUUCACCGAACAAACAGAAGAAAGAUCUUUGUUAAUUUGUGAAGCUGAAUUGCUCGACGCACACCAACACAAAUUGUUGAUGAAAGAACAGUCUGGAUUUAUACCAUUACUUUUGCAAGGAAGAAAAUCUGACUUGGCAAGAUGGUAUAGGUUGUUCUCUAGACCUGGUGUUUCACAGGGUAUUGAACCUGCAGCGGAAAUGUUACGAACCCAGAUUUUGCAAGAAGGAAACGAUGUUGUAAAAGCAUUUCGUGCAAGAUUAGAGCAGAAUGAUAAAAAUGGAGGAGAAAAAACUCUUCAUGGACAGGAAUUGAUUGAAACUUUGAUGGAAAUUCAUGAACGAUAUCUGGAAGUCAUUAUUACUUGUCUUGGAAGCCAUACACGAUUUUAUAGAGCGAUCAAGGAAGCUUUUGAAAGCUUUUUGAAUCAACCUCUUGGGAGUGUAACUUGUGCUGAAUUGUUAUCGACGUAUUGCGACACACUAUUGAAAGCCAGUGGAGAGAUACGACAUCUUUCAGAAGAUGCCAUUGAGGAUAAACUGGAGAAAGUAGUAAAGCUAUUUAGCUAUCUUUCAGAGAAGGAUUUAUUUGGGGAGUUUUAUCGAAAGCAACUUUCAAAGCGAUUGCUUUUUCAACGUUCAUUGAGCGAAGACUUGGAACGCUCCUUUAUUACCAAGCUGAAGAUGACCUGUGGCUCUCAAUAUACGUCAAAAUUGGAAGGAAUGGUGACAGAUAUGCAUUUGAGUCGAGAAGUUCAGGAAGGUUUCCAUGUUUGGCUUCAGUCCAAUGCUAUUCAACAAGUCUUAGGCAACAUAGACUUUAAUGUGACUGUUUUAACUACUGGACAUUGGCCAACUUACAAAUCUGAUGAUAUUUGUCUGCCAGAAGAACUUGGUAGGUGUCUAUCCGUAUUUCAAGAAUAUUACGAUAGCCGCACUUCACAAAGAAAGCUUCGUUGGGUUCACUCUUUGGGCGUUGGUACAUUGCAUUGUCAUGGCUUUCCUUUUGCUAAAGGAAAAAGUUUUGAGUUGCAAGUUAGUACCCAUCAAAUGUGCAUUUUACUGUUGUUUAACGAUACAGAGCGACUUUCAUUUGAAAGCAUUCAUGAGUCUUUGAAUGUUGGAAAUAGUGAACAAGAUUUGGAAGGUCUAAGAAAGUACUUGAAUAGUUUGUGUAGUUCUAAAUAUCCUAUUCUUCGCAAGGAUACAACAGGAAACGAUCAAGAAAAUGCGAAGAAUGAUGUAAGUACAAAAAGGGUGAGGUCUUCUCGUUGUUUGCUGAAGAAUAUACAGGAAAUGUAUGAAAUCAACUGGAAUUUUGCACCUCUAUCGCGGAGGAUCAAGAUUCCGUUAUUAAUGGCAAGAAUCAAUCAAGAAGAAAAGGAAGCUACACGAACCGCAGUGGAUGAGGAUCGUCGUCAUGCUAUAGAGGCUGCUAUUGUUCGUAUAAUGAAAAGUAGAAGAACUAUUGAUCAUCAAAGACUGAUAGUAGAAGUUAGUCAACAAUUGAUGCAAUUGUUUAACCCGGAUCCAAAGGUGAUCAAGGCAAGAAUAGAAGAUCUUAUCACUCGAGAAUAUAUUGAAAGAGAUGAACAAAAUUCUUCACUGUAUAAAUACGUCGCAUAGGAAUAAUUCUUUUAUUGCGAACUUUUGUUUUUUGGUUAUUGAACAUAAAGAAGUAACUUUGACU